AUGCCUUCGUCUCGACGAGGGUCAUCAAUAAGCUCGUUUGUUCCAUUGACCUCUCUGACCACUACAAGUCGACCCCGCGGAGCAGUGAAGCCAGCCGCUACAGCGACUAGUGUCGCAGCCCAGGACAUUGUUUGCGCCGUCAGCGAAUCUCGCGGAAUUUCAACGACUGUGGGUCUGGCAUUUAUAAAUUUGGCCACAGCUGAAGUGGUAUUGUGUCAAAUGUGUGAUAGCCCAACAUAUGUGAAGGCUGUUACAAAGAUCGGCGUAUUUGAGCCAAAUGAGAUCCUGUUCAUGAACACAGCCCCGGAUUCGAAGCUACGCUUCAUUAUUCAAGAAAACCUACCAGAUCCGAUAUUUACGUUCCUGGACCGCCGGUACUGGUCAGACAAAGCUGGACACGAGUAUUUGGAUCGGCUGGCAUUCCCCGACGAGGCUGACUCAUUGAAGGUGACUUUGGGUGGGAACUAUUUUGCGGCCUGUUGUUUCGCUGCGGUCUCAAAAUACGUUGAAUCAGAGCUCCAACGUGUCUUUGUCUCCCACUCUCUCAGGAUAAAAUUCGAGCCGUCUGAAGGGUCUAUGACUAUUGAUUUACAGACGAUUGUCUCACUGGAGUUAAUUCAAAACCUCCACAAUGCAAAAUCUCGAGAUAGCCUUUAUGGGUUACUGAAUGAUACAUUGACACCGAUGGGGGCCAGGCUACUCCGAUCAACCAUCCUUCAGCCUUCUAUUCAGAGAGUCAAACUGACCGCCAGAUACAAUGCGGUAGAAGAUCUUUCAACCAAGCAAGAUAUGUCCACGUCCGUACGGCAAGCCUUGAAGGGUCUCGUUGAUGCUGAUAAGGUUUUGAGUUCGAUUAUUCUUGUCCCAAGAAAACAGACCGUUCAAUAUGUCGAACAAUCUGUCAACAAUGUAAUCAUGCUCAAGACCUUUAUAUGUUCCAUCAAAAAGGUCUAUCAAGCCUUGGGCGCGGCAGAAAGUGAUCUGCUUAUGACUAUUCGUGAGCUAUGCUAUCCUGCAGGGCAUCGUUCCGUUGAGCAGAUCAUCGAAGAAGUGUUGAAUGACCAAGUCGUCUAUCAAAGCAAGCCUCUGGAUCUUCGUAAUCAGAGAAUAUACUGUGUGAAGGCUGGCGUGAACAGCCUCCUUGAUGUUGCUAGACAGACAUACAAAGAAGCUAACGCCGAUGCUGUUGAGCAUGUGGCAAAGUUGGGAGAUACACAUGACCUGACCUUGGAUCUCAAAUAUGACUCUGCAAGACAAUAUUAUAUUUGGAUAUCCAGUGAUGAAAUUGGAUCCCUUCCGGAGGUUUUUAUCAACAUAUACCGCAAAAAGAAUCGGAUUGAAUGCCAAACGCUCGAUCUGGUGAAGCUAAACCAAAAGAUUGUAGACGCCCACAAUGAAGUCAUCAACCUCAGUGACCAUACCAUUCAGCAGCUUCUCCGUGAUAUUUGCGUGGAGGUCUCAGGGCUUUUCAGAAUCAGUGAAGCCAUCGCCAUGCUUGAUAUGCUAUCAGCAUUUGCCCAAUUAACAACCAAACACGAUUAUAUUCGUCCGGAACUGACCAAUACCCUAGCCAUCAAGAGUGGGCGUCACCCUAUUAGAGAACAGAUUCACACAAACAAAUUUAUCCCAAACGAUGCCUACGCAACGCCUCAGUCCCGAUUCCAAAUUAUCACAGGUUGCAACAUGAGCGGUAAAUCAACAUACAUUCGGUCUCUAGCUUUGAUAACGGUCAUGGCCCAAAUCGGUUGUUUUGUUCCAGCGCAAUAUGCAUCUUUCCCAAUAGUGCACCAGCUCUUUGCUCGUAUAGCGACAACAGACGACCUCGAUGCAAAUGUCUCAACAUUUGCGGCAGAAAUGCGCGAUAUGGCCUUCAUACUAAGGAAUAUCCAGCGACAAGGUAUGGUGCUAGUUGACGAGCUGGGCCGAGGAACAAGCACAAAUGAUGGGCUUGCUAUUGCUAUUGCUUUAGCAGAAGCGCUUCUUGCCAGCAAUGCGUUUGUAUGGUUUGCCACGCAUUUCCACGACCUAGCGCGUAUUUUGUCUGAGCGAGCCGGGGUCGUUAAUCUGCACUUGGCUGCUGAGAUCGCUUCAGAUGCAUCCAAAAUGACUAUGUUGUACCGCAUUACCGAGGGACCCGUACCAGUUCGCCGUUAUGGAAUUACACUUGCUAAGCUAGUCGAUCUUCCUCCUAGUGUCCUUGAGGUUGCCAAUGAUGUUUCUGAGACAUUGGAUAGUAUCUCUCAAUGCCGAAAUCAUGAUUCUCGGGCUAUAGGAAUCGCGCGAAGAAGAAAGGUUCUGCUAUCUCUACGCGAACAGCUCCUCAUUGCCCGCGACGGCAAAAUAAAUGAUGAAUCUCUUUACAGCUGGCUCAAGAAGUUGCAAGACGAGUUUCCAGUGCAAAUGGCCCGAAUCGACCAGGAAAUUCAAGGCGCAAUUGAAAGCGACGGUGAAUCGAUAGGCUCAUAUAACUCUCAGAACCCGCAAGGCCUGACUCAACUUCACCGAGAUGAGAUCAUGCAAGACUCACAGGAGCAGCUUGUUGAGGACCCCUCUCAGAGCCCAAUUGUGAUUGAUUCUGAUUCUGAUUCCGAGUCCUCCGCAGAUAGCGCCCAGCUCCGAAGCGACACGUCUGAUUGA